UUUUUGUUCUAUGAUUAACUAUAUACUCUCUACUGAAAAAAGGUGAUGAAUUGUAGGCAAAGAAAAAAACUUAACUCGGGCAUGUUCAGAUUGAAAUUCUGUAUGUUCCACCUGCUGGGAGUGAUAUAUCUCAUCUCUGACUUGGCACAGGAUAGUAGUUUUAUUCAGAAAAGAAUGAAACCUCCCUUGUUUUGCAUCUCCCGUGACUAUUAUCGCACGGCAAACACUUCGGCAAGCACAUGGAAGCUGUGAAGUAUCCUGAUUGGCAGGCAACCUUUUACACUAUCAUAUAAUAUCAGGACUACAUAAUAUGUUAUGUUACUAUGCACAUAUGUAGGCCUAUAAUUAUAUAAUAUGUUAACAAAAAGGGAGGCGGAAUGAUGAAGGACUUGAUCUCGGUUGAAGGAAAAGAGAGAGCUAGUUAGUAGUAACCUUGCCGGACUGGGAAAAUACCUUAGGGAAUCAUUAUAAUAUUUUUUUUUUUUGGCUUCGCGAUGAUUUUCUAUAGAGAGCAAAUCGCCACCAAAGUGUGGAUACACCGAUUAUGAUAUGGAUUGAUGUGAGAUCCAACUUGAAGUGGUAUGUACUUACUGUAGUGUGGGUAUUGGGUUUUUAAGACCGAAAGAAGGGCAGAAGGAGGCGAAUUGUUUCAUCCUGCAUGUUUUUAGUUGCCUCAUAGCGCAUUGUGUUGCAUCGCGCUACUGUUUGUGUGGCAAAUGAAGUGUAAGAGAGGCCCUAUAGAAAGACUCUAUUGUAUAUAUGAACAAUA